CGGGACUGAAUGUUAAGACAGCCACGUACGUAUAAAAGCGGGGGUAGCCACCGGAGAAUCAGUGUGCUCACGGGCUUUCAACAUGGACAGCACUGGAAAAUUCAAAGUUUUGUUCCUCUGCGGCUUAUUGACAGUGAUCUUGGCGGAGAAGCCGAAAGAACCUGAGGACAAGGCGUCAGCAUCCUCUGACAAGUCAAAACGUGGUCUGGAGUUGAGUCUUGGUGAUCAUGGGCUGGGCGGAUUUGGUGGUCAUGAUUUCGGUGGUAGUUUCGGUGGUGGAUUUGGUGGUGGGUUUGGCGACCACGGGCACAUUGAACACAUCAAGGCAGUGACAAUCACAAAGCACGUGCCAGUCCCAGCGCCUUAUCCAGUCCACAUAGAAAAACCAGUGCCCUAUCCCGUCAAAGUACCAGUUAAAGUACCAGUCGAUCGUCCAUACCCAGUCCACGUGCCAGCGCCCUAUCCAGUUACCGUGGAAAAGCACGUGCCCUAUCCAGUGGAAAAACCAGUUCCAUACCCAGUGAAAGUACCUGUUAAGGUGCCCGUGAAGGUGCCCUAUCCGGUGGAGGUGCCGGUGAAAGUGCCCUACCCCGUUCACAAACCCGUACCCUAUCCAGUCAAAGUACCAGUGGUCGUGAAGGAGCCCUACCCCGUCCUCAUCAAGGAGCACCACCACGGAGGUGAUUUCGGAGGAUUUGGAGGCCACGACUUCGGCGGCUUCGGCCACCACUAGAUUAAUUAAACUCGUUAAUCACGAGAUGUAUUCAUUCGAUCUCUGAUAAAUUCACUAUCAAUUUCUAAUCAACAAUUAUUGCAAUCUGUAGUUAUCAAUGAAUAGAUAAAUAAAUUCAAUUCACUCGGUACUUUAUCCAUUAAUUAAUAAAUUCACAGCUGAUGAACAA